GGAGAUCGCUGGUCUGGUUGACUUCGAAUUAUAGGCUUUGUGGACGUCUUCUUUCUACUUAGCUAUUCUGAAAACUCAAGAUUUCAUAAAGUGAUUAUUAUCUAUAAGGAUAAUCGGCACAUAUCAAAACUUCUAGAUAUGGUCGAGAAGAAAUUCGAAGACGGGAAACUCGUAUCAAAGACCGUCUCAUUUGAAGUAGAAUCAUCCAAUCUCAACGCAACUCAAGCAUCAAAGCCAAUCUACACAACAUUUACCCGUGACUCGGCCGACUAUACCACUUCAUCCAUAGGCCAUCCCAUCGGCCUCUGCACCAAAUAUUCUUCUACAACUAUUCAAACCUAUACCAUACACCUACGUAAACCCUCCGAUUCACUCCUGAAACAAAAGUACAAAAGGGCGCUUAAAGUAUACGAUACAUUGGAUAUGAUACAAGAUGCUGCCAAACUUGGAUUGGUAAGUUUUGCGGAAAUUCUGGGUCAUGGGAUAGGAUAUACCGGUCGAGGAAGUAGUACUUUGGACAUUGGGAAAGGAUUUGUGGGAGGUCUUGGGGCUGGUAAUGAAAGUCCAGGAUGGAUAGGAUUGAGUGGUGAUAGGGGAUAGGAUCGGUAACUCAACAUCAAGGUGUAGGAGAAUUAGGGGAUUCCACCAGUCGAGAUUGAGUCGAGUAGGCUGAAUCAGUUGACAUUUUUACAACAAUCAAACUCGAUUCGUGUGCACCA